AUGACGACUCACCUUUCAUACUCGCCACUGGGAAGCAGUCAGGGCGAGCUGAACGGGAAUUCCAACAACCCCGACCAACACACUCCCAAUUCGGCGAUUCCAGAAUCACAAAACGGUCAUAAUACUGUUGAACUGGAAACCCCAGAAAUCAAAGCUAGUACGGACAAAGCAAAAUUCGAUUGGGGUGGUUCAUGGAUAUGGGAAAUCGGGGGUGGUGUAUUAAGCGUGAUAUGCAUCGCCCUCCUCAUUGCGUUUCUCGCAUACGUCCACGGUACUCCCUAUGCAGACUGGCAGUAUACAGCGUCGCCCAACACCGUGGUGUCCAUUAUUGUGACUAUCGCAAAAGCCGCACUGCUCGCUCCUGUUUCCGCCUGUCUCAGCCAGCUGAAAUGGAAUCGAUAUCGCACUUCAGCUCCGCUCUACCACAUGCAGGCCAUUGACCAGGCCAGUCGUGGUACUAUGGGCUCUUUGGAGGUACUGUGGAGGGCUAUUUCAGGGUCCAGGAUGGGCAAUUUAACACUUUUCGGGGCAUUGAUAACAGUUGUGGCGCUUGCUAUCGAUCCGUUCGCACAGCAGAUCCUGGCCUUCCCGUCGCGGACUGUGCCUGCUGAGAAUGGAAUUGUAUCAGUCCAAAGGGCACAGGAAUAUGCUUCCAUGGACGGACAAUGGGCUGAUAGCAUGUAUUAUGGACUUCCGCCAUCGAUGUUGGUUUCCAUCCUGAGUGGUUUGGCGCAAACAAAUACCCCCCUAGAACCAAAAUGCGGCUCGGGCAAUUGCAAGUAUCCCGAAUUUGUCACCCUGGGAAUUUGCAGCCAGUGCGAAGAUGUCACCAGCCGGACAAAUCAAACCUGCCAGCCCUUGGACGACUCGGCGUUCUUGAAACCGGACUCGUCGGUCUACAAAGAAAUUCCAGUUAACUGCACGUAUACAUCCCCGAGUGGAUUCAUUCUCAAUCUUUCCCUCGAUGACGUGUCGAACGGGGGGUACAGCGGGGCAAUAGAGACAUUUGAUCUCAACUACUGGUCCUCAAUCACAAGAAAUGGUUCAAUGUUCGGCAUUAAUAGCCCGAUUACAUCUUUCAUUGCGGCAAACUACUCACUGGAGAUAACCUACGUACCGGAGAACACCACAGUCCCUCUUACAAAGCCCUCUCUGACAGAGUGCACUGUGUAUUACUGCGAAAAGCAGUAUCCACCGAGCAUCUAUCUGGCUACUGAUCAAAAGGGCCAUUCUUCGCAUCCCUCCAAUACCCAACAGCUCAUCCCAAAGGACGCUCGUGCCAACGAUAAAGAUUAUUCUUUAAAAGAUGUCGUUCAUCUUGGGCCACCAAAUGCCACUGAGACUCUAUCCCAGAAUUCAUCCUACAGCAUCGAUCAUUACACCUUCACCUGUCUCAAGGAUAUGCUAGGGAAUCUUUUGAACACCACCCUCUUUACCCCGGGCACUGAUCCCACAAAAGACGGCCUCAAUAUGGCAACGAUUCUACGCACUAGCAAUCUGAGUCAAUCCCUCACUUCCAUGUCCAACAGCAUCACGGAUAAUAUCCGCGUCAACUCCAAAGCCACUACCGUUCCAGGAAAUGCCUUUAGGUAUGAGACAUUCAUUCAUGUUCGGUGGCCGUGGAUCAUUCUUCCUAUUUGUGCCGUCUUGGGGUCUAUUCUCCUACUGCUCGGUACUGCACUGGCGAAUAAGCGGCAGGACACUGUACUUUGGAAAAGUUCAAUCCUGCCGCUAAUGAUAAGCCAGCUUGAUACAAGGCCUGAUCAUGGGAUUGCGUCGAUACGCCACGUUGAUGAGGUACAGGACAUAUCCAAGAAGAUACAUGUCACGCUGGAAGAGAACGGGGGGCCACUUGUGUUUACUGAAAAGUAG